AUGCCGCCUCAGCAAUGCACUUAUUGCUCCAGAACCUUUAACCGAGCAGAGCAUCUUCUCCGUCACAUCCGAUCGCACACGAAGGAGAAGCCUUUCAAAUGCGGAGCUUGUGGAAAGGGAUAUUCUCGUGAGGACACUUUGAUCCGACAUGCAAAGCUUCACUGCACGGCGAGAAAGCGAACGACAUUACCAGAAACGUCGGAGAAUCAUGGCGAGAUCGCACUGUUGCACGGAGGAGGUGUCUCUCCAUCUGAUGGACACGCAAUUAUGAGCACUCCAAGUGACCAUGAUAACUCAGGACCGAGCCCUGGUCAACCAAUUCUCAAUUAUGGAUCGAAUGUGUGGGAUUUCCAAAACCUAGGAUUUCCGGACGAUGCUUCGCUAUGGAACAUGAAUGGUGGCUUCUUAAUGAACGAACUGGGUACACAUGGGCCUUCCUCCCAAAUGCACGAUAUUUCCAUGACUUACCCCACUCUCUUCGACGAUGCCGGUUUACAGAACGACGGGGAUGAUUAUCCGUCUUCAAGCUCCAGCAGAAGAUCACCUACCGUGAUUGAUAUGCGAGAUAUCUGGUUCACAAAAAUAAAGAGAGCAGAUCAUCUGGUAAACCAUUUGUCAUCGCUUGCACGCCGCCCCUCCAUGACGAGAUCUGUGACUUCACCGAGCGAAUCGGAAUUGGUUGAUGAAGAUUGUCGGAGGGAAAUUAGCAAGGCGUUGACGCAUCCACCUCCACAAGAGGACUUACUGCCAUCCUCUCGAUUUCUGGUAUUCUUUCGUGGAAGAUGGAGCAUAAUAUCUACUUAG